AUGGUUUCCUUGCCGAGCACCGAAUCAGUUACCAUGGAAAGAAUGGAUCGGCUAACCGACGACGAUGACGAUGAGCCCAGCAGUGGAUCUGAGACCUAUGAGGAGGGUGAUCUUUUAUCACACGCUCUGGGUGACGAUGUUACGGCCCAGCUUGCCGCUGCAGGUUCGAAAAACGCUAAUGGACCUAUUGGUGUUGCCGCUGCAGCAGCGAUCGUAUCUGCUAAAAAACGAAAACGACCACACAGUUUUGAAACAAAUCCCAGCAUAAGAAAACGCCAACAAAAUCGACUUUUAAGAAAACUCAGACAAACCAUAGAUGAAUUUGCGACACGAGUUGGUCAGCAAGCAAUAGUAUUAGUAGCCACACCUGGAAAACCAAAUAGUAGUUACAAAGUAUUUGGAGCAAAGCCUCUUGAAGAUGUAGUUAAAAAUUUAAGAUCAAUGAUAAUGGAAGAAUUGGAGAGUGCAUUAGCACAACAAGCACCACCACCUGUUCAAGAUGAUCCAUCAUUAUACGAAUUACCGCCAUUAAUAAUCGAUGGAAUACCGACACCAGUUGAAAAAAUGACACAAGCACAGCUCAGGGCAUUUAUACCGUUGAUGUUAAAGUAUUCUACAGGUAGGGGUAAGCCAGGUUGGGGCAGAGAAAGCACACGACCUCCGUGGUGGCCCAAAGAGUUGCCAUGGGCAAAUGUGCGUAUGGACGCAAGGUCUGAAGACGAAAAACAAAAGAUUUCUUGGACGCAUGCGCUGAGACAAAUAGUCAUAAAUUGUUACAAAUUUCACGGAAGAGAGGAUCUGUUACCAGCGUUCAAUGAUGAUGAUGAUAAAUCAAAUAUUUUGGUUCAACAAACGACACCUCAUUCGUCGCAUGCAUCAUCAAGCCAAGGACAAAAUGAACAACAGCAGCAGCAACAAACGGUGGGAGUUGUUCGACUUAGCAGCACGGGUUCAUCUAAGGGAAACUCUUCACCACAACAGAUUCUUUCCGCGUCACCUACAUCUCUUGCCACUGCCACUCAGCAGAUGACCACACAGUAUCCAACAACUGUUUUACAAACGAUAACAAAUCAAGAUGGAACAAUAUCAAUAGUUCAAGUAGAUCCAAGUAAUCCAACCAUACAAUUACCUGAUGGUACAAUUGCACAAGUUCAGGGUGUUGCUACUAUUCACACAAGUCAGGGCGAUGUUCAAACACUAACUGAAGUAGGAGGUGCUGAAGGCAGUGUUUCCGUCGAUAUAAACAGUGUGACUGAAGCAACAUUGGGACAAGACGGUCAAAUAAUUCUCACAGGAGAAGAUGGACAUGGCUAUCCUGUAUCAGUGUCCGGCGUGAUUACCGUACCAGUAUCAGCAAGUAUGUACCAAACGAUGGUGGCUAAUAUCCAAAGCGACGGUACAGUUCAAAUGGUGACACCAAUGGUACAAGUUCCAAAAGUUGAACCAGGAAACGGAGAAACAAUUGAAGCUGUUACUAUUCAGGGUCAUCCGAUGACAAUGAUUAAUGCUAAUGGUGAACAUCAGGUAUUACAAGUGAUAUCACUUAAAGAUGCUAAUGCAUUAACUAAAGCAAUGCAAGGUGAAGUUAUUAAAGAUGAAGAUAGCCAGCAACACCAAACAGUAUCAAGUCCUGAAUGA